AUGCCUGAGCUCGUCCUCCUCGACAUGGUCAAGUGCUCCCUGGUACCCGAGAUCUCUGAGCACAUUCUGAGUGUUGCGCCAGAUAGAUGGCAGCGCACCAAGGAUGAAUUCGACCUCUUCCUCUUCGCGCUGCUGCUCGGCAACAUUGACGCCAUCAGCGUUCAUGGUGUCCGAUUUCGGAUGCGUAAGCGUUCGAGCGGAACGGUGUUCGAUGAGAUGAAUCAAGUGGGUUGGUGCGGAAGCGAGUGCACAGAGCCUCCACGUCAAGUCGAGCUCGAAUUCAGUGUGGAACCGUGCGGCAACGACAAAUUGAGCCGAGAGCCGGGAUUUCGAUGCGCGGACCGCUUCUUGACGAGCAGCUGUGAGCCAUCUGCUCGACACGUGCAUCGUUCUGAGACGCAGAAUCGCAAAAGCGAUUCGGAAGUCUGCAGCCGUUGCUUCAUGAAACAUGAUUAUCAUCAUCCUGUCGCACGAUGGCGGAAGCGCCAUGGUUCGCAUUCAGACCAAGACCGACUUACAUUUGCGCUCGGCGUUGAACGUAGGCAAAGCCAUAGAAGACGACUAGAAAAGGAAUGUCGGGACAGUAGGUCAUCCCCAAAUCAUGGGCAGCGACGCUCUUUUCGAGGGCGCCUCCUGACGAUGGUUUUAAAGUCCCGCAAGAAAAUCAAUCUUCCGCCGAUAGCCUCGAACGUGAAACGCAUCCUCACCCGACAUAGCCUCUUAACUGUCUUGCAGUGCCUUUCCACCGAAGCUCACGAAGAGCCUCAAAGUGGAACAGCGCAACAAGGGCAGAUUUGGUAG